AUGGCAGCUAGACGAAGACAACAGCAGCAGCAUAAACAGCCCAGCCCACCCCCAGAGCCUGAAAUAAAAGAGCCAGAAAAGCCUAAAAUUCCUCCAGGGCUCUACCGAAGAAUUGUUAUAAUUUUACCAUACCAUUGUCCAGACCAUGUACAGCAUAUUCAACAAGUCCAAGAAUCUUUAUCAUGCCAUCGACUCGGUUUGGAGCCGAUUUCUCGAUCUUCUCUAGCUUCACGGACACUAAGACCUGACGAAAUAAAUGACCCUUAUUUUGAUUUAAUAACUGGAUUUGUGAUUAUUGACAUGGAUUGUCGGUUAUAUGUACUUGAAGGACUUGGAGGUGGCUGCAUUGAUAAAAUGGCUGAAGAACUCGCAAGGACACAAGCGAAUACAGAUACUUUAAAAUACCUUAUGAAUUCUGAAGUAUUCUGUGCUGAAUUAUUUAUUUUUUUUAAAUUAUGAUUUUUUUUUUAAAAAUUAAUUUAAUUUAAAAUAGUAUAAAAUUUGACGAAAGACUUUAUAUAAAUUUCGGCCCAGACUUAAAAAGAAUAAAACUCAGAGAAAAUUUGGCAAAAACUUUACUAAACCCUGACAUUUAUAUUAAAUCCAAAGUCAGCGAAGAGCUUAUGGAUACUCUCAAUAAAAUCAUGAAUAUCAGAAGAUGUGACAGAUUAAAAUUUGUAAGAGAUUUUCAUUUAUGCCCUGCAUUAGAAAACUUGAAUUUAUUAGAAAGAAAAUAUGGAGACGCCUUGACUGAUGAAGAUAUAUAUGGUCUCCCACCUAAACGAAAAGUAAGAAUGCAAGAAUUAACCCAACAAAUGCAAAACACUACUUUUGAGAAUACAAUUAACAUCAUAUUACAUUAUUAUCUAUAUCGUUUAACGCCCACUACGGGAUCACCUUUGUCCAGGGCUGCCACCAUAUUUAUCCACGUGUCGGGCCGAUUGACCUCUGGAUCGAUCCACUUUAUUUUCCAGGACGCAGGACAAAUACGAUGCUCCGGCUUCGACAGGAGAAUACAAUUAACACUACAGGCAAAAGCCCAAAUGAGUCAAAAUCCAGGAUGAAGUCUCCUAAAAGGACAAAAACCAAGCUAAAAGCCCCAUUAGAUAUGACUAAUCAGCAGUUUGAAGAACUGAUGCAUAAGAGAGAAGAAGAUGGGCCGAAAAAUUUCAGCCAAGUGAAUAAGGAAAAAAUUAAAGAACAAAGCGACGUAAAUGGAUUCAAUAGACCACAAGAGUACAUAAAAAUGGACAAAGAAGAUGGGGAAGUCUUCGUAUAUAGUGGCCAAAAAUUAAAUUAUACUGAACAGAUGAAGUGGAAAAUCGCUGAACAGAUGGUCAAUGACCCAAAGCAUUUUUAUGCACAAAGUCCUGAAUAUUUAAGAUUGUCAUGGCCAAUUGUAGAUGAAGAAAAAGAGCAAGCCAAAGAAAUGGAGAAAUUUGCAAAUACAAGGCUGAGGUAUAAAUAA